AUGGCAAUCUCUCAGUUUCCGUGUGGUGCUGAAUCCGAUUCAGAGGAUAAAGUGCCUUCUUCUGGUUCUAGUGCGGGACAGAACGUGAUUGACAGCGAUGGCUUUUUCAACCAUGCAGACGAUGUCUUUGACGUUUUUUCUCAAUGUGGAAAUAUUGAUCUAUGCCCGCCAUUGUCUUCAACGAAAAAGAAUAGCCAAAAGGAUGUUAAUGAUGAGCAGCAAAAACAAACUAAAAGAAAGAUAUAUCGGCCUAAAGUGGUCUCUCAAGAUCCCAAGAGAACAAAGAAAUCUCAUCCUCAAAGCAGCGCCACUCCAAAACCUUCAACUCCUAGGCAGAGAAAACCUUAUGUCAGAAAAACUCCUAAGUGUCAGCGACCAUUAUUUGAUGAUCAUGGCGAAUUGAUCUCUCUACCAUUUUUGGAAAAUUUCAAUGAUUCAACUGUUGAUCAUGGUGGACUUGAGAAUUCUACUAUAACCAAUGAAUCUGCCAUUGAAUCUAAUUCACUGCAGAGUUAUCAGAAGUUAAAUUCAUUGUCAUCUUUAUCUCUAGUUGAGAGCAGAAGAGUUGGACGAAACUUUCCACUGAUGUGUAAGAGGAAAAGACUUAGAAGACAAAGAGUGCGUUUGGUAAAAGUCUUAACCCCUAUUGCAAAGGGGAAAAGAUCAAGUCUUGCUAAGAAAAAGAGAAAAUGUUUUGAAAAUUUACGUGUAGAAGGAAGUUCUAGACUGAGCAGACAAAUGAGACUCAUACUAAAUAAACUGUCAACUUCGAAGAAAAAAAAUCAUCAAAAGAUAAAUAAGUUAGAUGCCCAAAACAAAUCAGGGGAGUUAGUUAUUUAUAACCGGCGAUCUUCAAGAGUUGAUGUUUUACUUGAUGAAGAGACAUUAAGAGUAUGGAACUUGCUCGUUGCUGAAAGAGGACACGAUGAAAAGGAUGAACAGAAACGGAUGCGUUGGGAGAAUAUAAGAAUGGUCUAUAAGAAUGUGGUUCUUACAUUCUUAGAUCAGAUGCAAGACACCCAAGGUGAUAGAAGAUUCUUACCGUGGAAAGGUUCAAUUUUGGAUUCUGUGGUUGGAGUUUUUUUAACUCAAAAUGUGUCUGACUAUUUGUCAAGCUCUGCAUUCAUGUCACUUGCUGCACAAUUCCCUGUCAAAUCAGUUAGCUGUGAAAAAGACAACAAUAUGGUUGUGUUGGAUCCUAAGUUGGAUAUAGAGAUGAAAGGUGGAAACGAUGAAGAAAUGGAAGUUGAGAAAGUCAAUGAAUAUCUCAAAGUUGACAACAGUGGAGCUGAAUACAAGUCCACCAUCGAAUAUCCCAAAGUUGAUAACAGUGGAGCUGAAUACAAUUCCACCAAUGCAUAUCCCAAAGUUGAUGGCAAGGGAACUGAAUCCAAUUCCGCCAAUGUAUAUCCCAAAGUUGAUGGCAAGGGAACUGAAUCCAAUUCAACUUCUGUGGAGAGAAACACAGGUUCUCCCAGCAUAACUUUCGGUAAGAAAGAAGUCCCUACUACAAAAAAAACCAAAACUCAAGAGGAAAAAGAGAUCUUAUUGGAAAAGAAACGACAAUACUGGGAUACACUAAGAAAAUGCCACAGUGAUAAGCCUCGACACGAGGAUUACAUGGAUUUUGUUGAUUGGAAAGCAGUAAAAGACGCAACAGUUGGUGAAGUUGCGAAAGCUAUUGCACUUCGCGGUCAACAAUUCAUUAUUGCGGGCAGAGUAGUGGAGUUACUGAACAUGUUAUAUUCCACCACUGGAAACAUGGAUUUAGAAUGGCUAAGAUAUAUUCCACCACUGGAUGCAAAGGAAUAUCUUUUGAGCAUACAUGGAUUGGGAUUGAAAAGUGUGGAAUGCAUAAGACUUCUAGCACUUCAACAUAUUGCUUUCCCGGUGGAUGUAAAUGUCGCAAGAAUCGUGGUACGAUUAGGAUGGGUUCCACUGCAAACAUUGCCGGAAUCAAUGCAAAUACAUGACUUAGAGGAAUUCCCAGAUUCGAACAAAAUUCAACAGUAUCUCUGGCCAAGACUAUGCACUCUUGAUCAUCGUACAUUGUAUGAAUUGCAUUAUCAGCUGAUAACAUUUGGAAAGGUUUUUUGCACAAAGAAACACCCAAACUGCAAUGCUUGUCCAAUGAAAGUGGGGUGUGAACAUUAUAAAAGUUCCCUUGCAAGCAAAAGACUUGCCUUGCCACCCAAUCCGUACUCUGAUAUGCUAAGCAACCCUACACUGACGUUUGUUCCGAAUGAGAUUAAAGAAUGUGAGCCUAUAGUUGAGAUGCCUCCAUCACCGGAACCUGAAAGGACAAUGGUUGAUUUUGAAACAAAGCAUGAUGAAGAGAUUUACUAUGACUAUAAUAACCAAGAUGAUGAAGACAUAGAAGAUAUGCUUACACUCAACCUGAGUAGUCAAGGAUCAUCAUGCUUGUCAAAGCCCCUUGAUAAUUUUUUCGAUGGGUUUGACCUUGGCAUGAAUACAUCAACGGGAUUUGACCUUGGCAUGAAUACGGGAUUUGACCUUGGCAUGAAUACAUCAACGGCUCUAGUUACAUUACAUCCUUGUGUUGCAAACACCCCUUUACCAAAAAUGAAAGAAGCUAGCCGUCUAAAAACCGAGCGCACAGUUUAUGUUCUCCCGGAUGAUCACCCUCUCCUAAAAGACCAUGCUCCACGUGUUCAUGACGAUCCUUCCCCUUAUCUUCUAAUGGAAUGGCUACAAGCGGAAUUAGAAAGCUCGGGUGAAUCAAGUACAUCUGACUUGCAAGAGGAAGAUAAAAGUCAAACAGUUCCUGGAACACUUCUGAUACCAUGCCGAACUGCAAUGAAGGGGUAUUUUCCCCUAAACGGAACAUACUUUCAAAUUAAUGAGGUUUUUGCUGACUUUGCAUCAAUGAUAAAACCGAUUAAUGUUCCUAGAAGGUUGAUAUGGUCUCUAUCGAAACAGAUAACAUAUUUUGGUACUGGGACAUCGGCCAUUACAAGAGGCAUGUCAGCGGAAAAGGUCAGAGAAUUCUUUAACGAAGGAUACAUUUGUGUCCGAGCAUUUGAAACAAAAACAGGAGCUCCAAGGCCAAUAUCACCAAUGAUGCAUCUGAGCACUACUGCCAAAGAAAGAGUUGAAAAAGAAAAAAAGGCAGUUGAAAAUGAGAAAAAUGUGUUGCCAAAUGAGAAAAAUGUGUUGCCAAAUGAGAUAGCAAGUCAGAAUCCUAUUAUAGAUCUUUAG